CGGCAGUAGCAGCAGCAAUAGCAGUGGCAGCAGUGGAGGCGGUGGAUAUACAACGACGGGCCGGUGGCGGCACCAACGGAGGCCGCGGCAGGUGAUCAGUGUGAGCCGCACACGGUUCGGCCCGGUGGGCGAUACAGUCGUGGAGGGAGUGCGAAAUCACGCUGACGCCGAGUGGCGCGCAUCACGUCGUCGUGCUUGAAGCGCUGGAACGUGCCGAUCGAACGUGUCAUCCUCGAAGGACGCGAGUGAACGUCGGGGGCCACCGGGAGAAAAAUAAAAAAAAGAAAGGGGGUGAGAAGAAACAUUCGUGUGUACGAAAAGUGAGAAAGAUAUUCGGCGAAUCCCCGCCGGAAAAGGGGAAAGAGAACGCGGGUAGUACACGGUGAGAGAAGAACUCGGAUAGCGCGCGGGCGCGAAGGAAGUGCGAGGGGAAAACACGGCUCUCGGGAAGCAGCUGACAGAAAAUGAUGUGACGGACGUGGUGUCGCGAGUCGCGACAGCGGAGGGGAACCGGUGAAGAAGUGCGAGAUUAAAGGCAGCGCGAUUCCGGAGAUAGAGAGCGCGCGCGAACAGAGCGAUGGGAUACACCGCGGACAAGUCGACGAUGUGAUCUCGUGCGAAGGGAUUUAAAUAGCGUGCUACGUCUCGAUCGUCUCGAUCGAGAUCUCUCGUUCGCCCGGUCGAAAGUCAGGAAAGAGAAAAAAAGAGAAAGAAGGGGGAGGGAGAGAAAGAAAAAGAGAGAGAGAGAGAGAGAGAGAGAGAGCUAGUGCUGCUGUGCGGUCCAGCGCAGCCUUCUCCGGCGCUCCGUGCUUGACGCGCGUUGCGCGCGACCCGUCGCGGAUUCCGAUCUCAGUGCUCGCGCGCGAACCGUCCGAGGAACGAGCGAACGGUCUCUCUCUCUCUUUCACCUGCCGCCGCCGAGGAACCGCCGUGACACGGAGAGAAUACACGCGGCAGUUACGUCCGCGGUAAUAAUCGGCAGACGACACGUCGCCCGGACUCCGAUCAGUAAAGAUAGAAAGAGAGAGAGAGAGAGAGAGAGAGAGAGAGGGGGGGAGAGAAAGAGAGAAUCCUUGAAAGUGCGAAAACAGAUCAGUGCGUUGAGACAGUGCGGGUGGAUGUGGAACGCCGACGACGUUCUCUGGUGAUCUCGGUUGCUAUGAUCGUGCCGCGUUGGUCUCACGUGGAACGAUCAUGAUUUACUUUAGGCCGCACGACGGGAGGAGUCUACGGUGCAACGCGAACGCGAGACACUUGAACGUGCUCGUGGUGGUGCCGCUCUUUCCUCUCUGGAUUAUCGGCGCGUUCUGCGUGAAGGACAUACCCAUAUCACACAUCGUGGCUCUGGUCGGAGAUCCCACCUAUCUUCCCUGCGACAUAUCAACCACUCACGAGGGGGACUCGGUGCAUCUUGUGCUGUGGUAUCGCGAGGAUCUUGGUACAUCAGUUUACAGUGUCGACGCCAGGGGCCGGGACUUUGGCUUCGCCGAGAAAUGGUCGGACGACACCGUGUUCUCGAAUCGGGCCUAUUUCAUGCCGGACAAGCAGCCGGCCGAGCUCGGGGUCGAUCACAUCAGGGAGGAGGACGCGGGUAUCUACAGGUGCCGCGUCGACUUCCAGAUCGGCCAGACGAGAAACUCCAAAGUCAAUUUGACCGUGAUCGUGCCGCCGCACAAGAUCGUGGUCGUCGACACGGACGGGAACGUGCGCGACUCGACGGUCGGCCCGUACGUGGAGGGUGACAGUCUGACGCUCUUCUGCGACGUCCAUGGAGGUAAGCCGGCCCCGACGGUGUCCUGGUAUCGCAACGACAAAUUCGUCAGCAACAGGACCAGCACGCUGCGCAACGGCGUGACACGCAGCGAGAUCGUUAUACAAAAUUUAGGUCGGGACGACGUCCACUCGAUGCUGACCUGCAACGCCACGAAUAACAAUAGGUCGAUCCCGCUGUCGGCGUCGGUCAGCGUAGACAUGAAUUUCAGCCCGCUGGAGGUGAAGAUAAUUGGCGCGAACCAGCCGCUGUCGGCCGGCAAGAGAUACGAGUUGGUCUGCACAACUUCCGGCUCCAGGCCAGCGGCCGUCGUCACCUGGUGGAGAAAUGGUCAGCGCUUAGUGGAUUCCAAGGAGGCGACCUCCGUCGAUGGGAACACGACCACCAGCGUUUUAUCUUUCAUGGCGACGAAAGCGGACGCAGGCAGACACUUGUCGUGUCAAGCUGAAAAUCGAAUCAUGAGAACCGCACCGAUGGAGGACGGCUGGGUGCUCCAGAUACAAUACACGCCGGAGACGCAGAUCCAGCUCGGCACGUCGCUCAAUCCGAACGCGAUACGUGAGGGCACGGACGUCUACUUCGACUGCCUCAUACAGGCCGAGCCGUCAGUCUACAAAGUGGAAUGGCGGCAUCAGGGCAAGGCGCUUCAUCAUAACAUCACGCAGGGCAUCAUAAUCAGCAACCAGAGUCUGGUGCUGCAGGGAGUCGAUCGUAAAAGCGCCGGCAAUUACACGUGCGUGGGAUAUAACACCGAGGGCGACGGCGAGAGUUCGCCGUUUUAUCUCAACGUGAUGUUCGCGCCCACGUGCAAGCCGAACCAGACCAAGGUCCACGGCGUGGCGAAGCAGGAGAAGGCGAAUAUAUCCUGCCAAGUGGAUGCGAAUCCGCCGGAAGUGCAAUUCCGUUGGACCUUCAAUAAUUCCGCCGAGAGUAUCGACGUGGCGGCGGGGCACAUCGCCCGCGCCGGCACAUCCUCCAUCGUCUCGUACACGCCGAUGACGGAAUUAGAUUACGGCACGUUACUCUGCUGGGCCAGCAAUCGCAUCGGGCAUCAACAAGUGCCCUGCGUCUAUCACAUCAUACCGGCGGGCCGACCGGACAUGGUUCACAAUUGCACGACCUCGAACACGUCGACCAAUUCGUUCUCGGUGCGAUGCGCGGAGGGCUUCAACGGCGGCCUGCCGCAGUCCUUUCUGCUGGAAGUGCGCGAGAGCAACACCCAGGAGUUGCGUGCCAACCUGACGUCGCCGGUGCCGCGCUUCAGCGUCACUCAGCUGGAGUCGGGCGCCCUUUAUCAGGCUUGCAUCUACGCCUACAACGACAAGGGUCGCAGCGAAGCCAUGGUGGUGCAGGCCGGCACUCUCCGGCUACCGGAGAAGCAAUUGACGUCCGAGUCAGAACGGCCGAGGCAGCACGUCAAACUGACACCGAUGCUGAGCGUGAUGAUCGGCGUGGUGACGGCUCUCAUCAUCGUCGCGGUUAUAGUGAUGGUCGUUUUACGGAUUCAGCACACGCAUGUGGACGAGCAAAACAAGUCGCAGAUGGAGGAUCACGCGAAGCAAACGAAAGCUGUUCCCAUACAGAGGGAGCUGAGAUUCCGCGAGGGGUGCAGCCUGCUCGCGGACGAGAAGCACCCCAGCAGUCCGUUCAGGAAGCUGGACACCAGCGGCGAUCUGAGCGAGAGCGACGAGAAAAAUCCGGACAUCAUUCCGCAGCAGAUUACGGGAGACGAACCGUCGGAAUACUUACGGAAGAGACGCUUGGUGUCAACGAUCGAGACGUCACCCUCGAGAAGUCUCUUGGAACACUCGACGGUGACUUCCAUCAGCGGACACAGCAGUUACGUCGGUUACUGCACGAUUCGCAACGGCAUGCCGCUGCACGAGUUCUCGAACUUGUCAACAAAGCACAAAAGCUUUCAGCCGAUGGUGGGCGACGUGUACGAGAGCGGCAUUUGCACCCUGCCGAGGCAGCACUGGCCCAGCCAGAGCGUCCAGUCGAUGUCGAUGUCGAUGAGUCCUCCGAUGUUGUACGCCGGCCUGGGCGUUGUCAGCAGGACCUGCCCGAGCGGCACGUUACUGACGAAGGACUGCGGCGAGGCGAGGGUGCCCGGCCAAUGCUGCCCGGUGCAGUCGCAGAAAGACGGGACGAUAAGCACGCCGGUGGUGAUGGCCAAGCGGGAGAGCUCCGUGUGACCCUACACCCACCACGGGGCCUGCACCGUGUGCAGCGUGAGCGAACUGCUAUGAGCGACCCUUGUCGAUCGCGAGAUAGCCGCGAGUCCCGAACGACACGAUGGUCUGAAGGACAAUUGAGAGGUCUCCGGAGGACGCGCGACGACUAGGGAACGUCUCUCGCGCGUAGAAUUGCGAUUUUUCUUUCUUCUCGGAGAGAGCUUUUCAACGCCGAGAGAAACGUCCGGGAUAGAUUAAGAAGACGCGUCGUUUGGAGGGGAGGCAGGACAUGAUCGAAGGAAGUUCGAAAGACCUGAGUGUUUGUUAACGAUUUCGAUGAUUGAGACUGGUGACGGAAGGAGGAGACGUAUCCCUUCGGUAGCCCGAGAUGAAGUCCUCGGGAGGGAAUCGGGACGUCCGGCGUGUCGUUCGGGACGCUUGGAACGCGCGUGAGCCGGUUCGAGUCGGACGGAUUUUACGUUCCUCCAAUCGUCAGGAUUCGCGUCUCUCUGUUGAAUCAAGUGCCCUUUUCACACCGAAGGACGACGAACAGCCCCGACCGGUUCUCCUCGCCGGCUUUUCUCGCGUCAGCGCCGUUAGCUCUUCGCGACCGGACCCCCCGGUGGAGCCUCGCGACGGAGCCGUGUGGUAAAGAAAAAAAGAGAGAGAGAGUGUAUAUGUGUGUGAGUUUUACGAUGUAUGCGUGUGCGAGCGCGAGUUUGCCGUACUUGUACAUACCUCGAGACGCAGAAGAUAUUUUGUACGAGA